AUGACACCAGGCUUUUCUGAUGACCUACAGGAUAUAAAUGAUGCUCGCAAGACAGCUGUCAUUGACACGGAACUGAGCAGAUUGCAGAUGGACAUCGUUGCCCUCCAGGAAACCAGGCUAUCAGGAUCAGGAUCUGUCCGGGAAAAAGACUUCUCAUUUUUCUGGCAGGGGAAACCCCCAGAAGAGAUCAGAGAACAUGGUGUGGGCUUUGCAGUGAAGAACACCCUGCUUGGAACUAUAACCCCACCAACAGAUGGAACUGAAAGAAUCCUGUCACUCCAACUCAACACCUCGGUUGGUCCAGCAACCUUGAUCAGCGCUUACGCACCAACUCUCACUUCUUCCACAGAAGCCAAGGACAGAUUCUACGAUAACCUUAGCUUCACCAUCAGCAGGGUCCCAGAAAAAGAGCCACUGUUCAUCCUUGGCGACUUCAACGCUAGAGUUGGGGCUGACUACACCUCAUGGCCCACCUGUCUGGGUCACUUCGGCACUGGGAAAAUGAAUGAAAAUGGUCAACGCCUGCUGGAGUUCUGCUGCCACCAUGGCCUAUGUGUCAGCAACACCUUCUUCGACACCAAGCCGCAACACAAGGUCUCUUGGAGACACCCCCGAUCCAAGCACUGGCACCAGCUGGAUCUGAUUCUCUCCAGACGCUCAAAUCUACCAAGCAUCAAGCUCACCCGCAGUUAUCAGAGUGCUGAUUGCGACACUGACCACUCCUUGGUCUGCAGCAAAGUGAAGCUACAAGCAAGGAAGCUGCAUCGCACAAAAAAGGAUGGCAGGCCCCGCAUAGACACCAGCAAGUCGCAAAAUAAGGAGAGAGUGGAUGAUUUUGCACGUAUUCUUGAAGAAUCUCUUCCAGGUCCCUCCAGCGAAACAGCCUGCGAUAGAUGGGAACACUUCAGAGAUGUUGUUUACAACGCUGCCAUUUCCACCUUUGGCAAGAAAACGAGCAAGUCUGCAGACUGGUUCGAGGUUCACUCCGAGGAAAUAAUGCCAGUCAUUGAAGAGAAGAGAAACGCCCUUGCAGCAUACAAGGCCAACCCCAGUGAACGAAACCUGCAAGUCCUUCGGUCAGUCCGCAGCAAAGUUCAGCAGUGUGCUAGGCGAUGUGCCAAUGACUACUGGCUCCAGCUCAGUUCGCAGAUACAGACCGCGGCUGACACAGGCAACAUGAAGGAGUUGUAUGAUGGCAUAAAACAGGCCCUGGGCCCAACAAAAAAGAAAACUGCACCAUUGAAAUCCACCACAGGAGAGGUAAUUCAGGACAGAUCAAAACAGAUGGACAGAUGGGUAGAACACUACUCCGAACUGUAUAGCAGAGAGAACACCGUUACGGAAGAUGCCCUGAACGCCAUCGAAUGCCUACCAGUGUUGGAGGAGCUAGACAGAGAACCAACCCUUGCAGAACUCAACGAGGCUCUAGACUCCCUUGCCCAUGGCAAGGCUCCAGGAAAAGACGGCAUCAGCGCUGAAGUCCUGAAAUGCUGCAAGGGGACCAUCAUCACCGAGCUGCAUGAAAUCCUCUGUCUCUGCUAG